AUGAGAGGCAUGAGUCUCUACAGCGGAGUUUUCAUCCCUACAGUCGCACAUGCAGCAGGUGGCGAGAAUGUCCACCCUUGGUUGAUCGAGGACGACACACUCAUCCCGAUUCUGACAAAGACGUGGAAUGUCGUUUAUGCAGACAAUCCAUCACUGAAGAACUACAAGAUUGUCCUUGGUGGUGCCGUCUAUCAUGUGGCUAAACAAUGCCUCAGUGAAUGGCAUGGAGGGUUUGGAUCUGCUGCUGUCAUGAUCAUUACGAGUCUCAUGGCUUCUGAUUAUACUUAUGAAACUGACCAAGAGCGCAUCAACUUUGCCAAGUUCUGGCUUGAAGAUAACUGUUUCCAUUUCUCAGACAUUAGUUCUGAUGAUCCAGAGGGUUGUGUUGCAUGGACGGGGAUGUGGCAGUCUAUGUUUGUGUUGCAGACAUUUGCUGCACAUCUCAACUAUACCCAAGGCUGGGUGAAAGUUCCAGCGCUCAACAGUGAAAACGACAUUAUGCGGGCAUCACUUGCUUUAUUGGCAGGGGCGGUAAAACACGCUCUGUACCUCCUUUCGGUAGGAGCAAUGAGUUUCACUAUCACGAUGGCUACUGGGAAGGGAAAGAAGAAGGCUACUACUAUACGCAAGGGUAAGGCAUCGGCUGUCAACGGAGACAUCUGGGAAGCUGUUAUUGGGGAGAAUGAGAGCUUUUCUGAGCUGCUUUGGGGUUACGAUAUGUGCAUGCUCUUGCAAGCAAUUAAGAAUGUUCCCUCUACAGCCAUGCAGGGCAUUGUUCAGCAAGCACAGCAAUACAUGAAAGCUUCCUCUUGUGGAGGAUGGUCCAAGGGAGCUGACGAGCCUGAGGAAGAGAUUGAUGAGAAAUAUGUCAAUUUACUUGCCUUCCGCUAA